AAUAUGACGGGGAGGAAUCCGUGAUGCUGGCCGGACGUGCGGAUCCUGGGCUGUGAUUGGACGAGCGGCUCCGGGCUGUACGCGCCUCAUCCUCGCCGCGCACCGCUGAGCUCGCUGCGCGCAAACCGGAUCCGUCUGUAUCCGAAGCCGGCGGCUCCAAAACUAUGGGUGCGACCAUCUAUCACAUCAUAUUCGGAGAGUUUGGAGACGUCAACUGUAGUUUAAUCGACGCUUUCCAAGACACUUUUUGGGAAAACGCUUCGUUUUUGCUGAGCGUUGAUGGUUUAUAUUGCAAUGCCACCACUGAUGAGAUUGGCACCUGCUGGCCUCGAAGCAGCUCGGGGAGGAUCGUGGAGAGACCCUGUCCCGAGUACAUUAAUGGAGUGAAAUACAACACAACAAGGAGCGCGUACAGGGAAUGCAUGGAUAAUGGGACGUGGGCGCUCAGGAGCAAUUACUCCAAUUGUGAACCAAUUUUGGAGGAGAAGAGGAAAUACCCGAUGCAUUAUAAGAUUGCGCUCAUCAUCAACUACCUGGGUCACUGUAUCUCUGUGGGAGCUCUGGUCGUGGCCUUCAUUGUCUUUCUGUGCUUAAGGAGCAUUAGAUGCCUCAGAAACAUAAUCCACUGGAAUUUGAUCACCACUUUCAUUUUGAGGAAUGUUAUGUGGUUUUUACUACAGUUGAUUGAUCACAACAUCCAUGAAAGCAAUGAGCCUUGGUGUCGCUUUAUUACAACAAUAUACAACUACUUUGUGGUGACAAACUUUUUCUGGAUGUUUGUUGAAGGAUGCUAUCUUCACACGGCCAUUGUCAUGACAUAUUCAACAGAUAAGCUCCGAAAAUGGGUCUUUCUCUUCAUUGGAUGGUGUAUCCCAUGCCCUAUAAUAGUGGCCUGGGCAAUUGGAAAGUUGUAUUAUGAAAAUGAACAGUGUUGGUUUGGGAAAGAACCUGGAAAAUAUAUGGACUACAUUUACCAGGGGCCGGUUAUUCUGGUGCUUCUGAUAAACUUUGUUUUCCUCUUCAACAUCGUAAGGAUUCUAAUGACUAAACUGAGGGCCUCGACCACAUCUGAGACCAUACAGUACAGAAAAGCCGUUAAAGCGACACUGGUUUUGCUUCCUUUGCUGGGAAUCACGUACAUGCUCUUCUUUGUGAAUCCAGGAGAUGAUGACAUUUCACAAAUUGUUUUCAUCUACUUCAACUCCUUCUUACAGUCCUUUCAGGGCUUCUUUGUGUCAGUCUUUUACUGCUUUCUAAAUGGAGAGGUACGUUCCGCAGUGAGAAAACGAUGGCACCGCUGGCAGGACAAUCACGCCCUCCGAGUGCGUUUGGCACGAGCCAUGUCCAUUCCUACAUCUCCAACCAGGAUCAGCUUCCACAGCAUCAAACAGACCACAGCUGUGUGAGCUCAGAACGCGAGCAGAGCACGAAACAUACUGAAACAGUUUGUCCAAUUAAAAAAAA